AGGAUAAGGCAGCGACGUAUCGACGAUUCACCACCAGCGGCCGUGGAGCGGAGCGUCGGCCGUCGAGCUCGCUGCUCGAGUAAUCUGACGCGUUUGUUGCUUGUUUAUGUCGCUGAAUCCGCGUGGAAGCUAACAUGACAGGCAAGCAGAAUCAGCUGGAUGACAACGAGGACAAUCAGUCGCGAAGAAAAUUGAUAGCGGACAAACGUAGACUCUUGGAGGAGAAGUCCGCCCAGAUUGAGACUGAAAUCAGAAGCUGUUUUGAAGAUCUAACAAAAAUCCUGCGAUCUAGGGAGAAACAACUGCUGCGUCAAGCUGAGGCCAUUCACAAACAACAACUUUCAUUGAUAGAGACUUCAUUAGAUUUUCUGCCAUCGUCGUUAGCAGUUUUUAAAGAUAGAAAUGAGUUAGAGGAAAAAAUUCGUCAGUUUGGUAAUAUUGAGACACAUGGGUCAAACAGUAUUACAGUAAAAGAUGCAGAGCCAUAUAAAGUCGUAGACUAUCAAGAUGCCAAUAAGGACCAUGUCAGCUUUGACAAAUCCAUCACAAAGAAAUCAGAUCAAAAAGUCAGAAAGCUGAGCCUUCCACGUUACAAGGAUUUCAUAUCUGAUUACAGAACUGUGCGUAUUUCAAGCUUGCCUUCCACUUUUCUUACUGAUAAGCAGUUGCAAGACUCGCGAAAUAUAAAGACUAAUACAUUGAAAAUUUUCAAAGAUACAUUAUCCAUAUCAGGAUGCUCACCACUUUUAAUUAUAAAACGUAAACUUGGUCUGACGCAUGUAUCUCUGGAUGGACUGCACGCCUUUGAUAAGGCGUAUUCGCGAAACAUGCAGUCCUUCGAAUUGCCUUGUAAAACCACAAAAUCCUGCGAGCUAGAGGACUCGACGAAUGAAACGACUGAGGCUAAUCGAAGAGAACUCGAUAAGAAAGUCUCGAAUCAGAACGAUGAGUUCGGAUAUUCAAAGAAACGAGAGAAAAGCUACGAACAUCCGAUCCAAGUACAGCAAUGGUUGCAGCAGAUACUCGCAGAGACUGAGAUAGAGCCUGCGAUUCACGAAAUCGGGCAAUUUUCAGAGAUAUCCAAAGCAAAGCUCUGUAAUGAAUUAUAAUUCUAUUCGUUAACCGGAUUAGAUAUUGCGUUUAUCGAUUGGGGCCAAAGUUUCCAAAAUGGAAAACAAACUGAAAAGGCUGAUUUACCUUAGAAUUACAUGCCCGAUAUCUUUUUAUUUAUACAAUCUCUUGUAAAAUAGAUUGAAAGGAGACUCUUUAUAUUGUAGCUUUUCUGUAAUCAUGGGGAAACGUAAGAAAGGAUACCGAACUUGAACGACAAAGAGAGAAAGAGAAGAGAGAGUAAAAGAUUUAUUGUGUACAUCGAUAAACUUUAGUACCUCUGCCACAAAUGCUUAGUGUGGUAUUCCUUGUUCAUACAACGAAUACUUCGCCGUUCUUGAGAUAUUAAAAUAAAUUGGUUAGUGCCCUUUCGAAAAAUGUGCUUAAAAAUCCGAAUUUAAUUGAUAAGACUGUUUUUAUUAUUCUACGGAAAAUAUCGCGUAUUUAUUUGAUCGUAUAUAAGUUUUUAGUUUAUACGGAGCUUGCUGUGUGCUUGUUGGUCGUUAAAUUUUGACAAGAAAAUAAACGAAUAAUCUUAUUGCGAUAGUUUCUUCAAGUGAUAUCUUUUUUAUGAAUAAAUUCUUGAUUGUAUAAUUGUAAAUAA